AUGGCUCCCCCAGGCUCUAGGUGGUGGCAGGCACCUGAUGAAGGUGAUCUCGACUAUGGAUUUGAUUCUGACGAUUUGGAUACUAGAUUUGCCCAGCCUGAGCGCAAUCCCCACCGAGUGCUCCCCCAAGACCGAGAAGCUCCCGACGGAAACGCAGAAGGAGACCGAGAUACACCAAAGCCGGAAGAGAAAGGCGUACUUGGAAAUAUGACUUCGUGGUUGCAUCGCCAGGCUGGUUCGUCCAAUAAUCAGCUUGCCACAACCGCCGUGCUCUCCGGAGCUGCAGUCGCCGGUGCAAUCUUUGGAUAUCAGGCCUAUAAGCGGACCGAGGCUGUUCAUGACCUCAAGGCUUCUAUCCCGACCCUUGACGAAGCGCACCAUGCGGAGAAGCUCACAGAAUUUGGUAUCGCCGACAAUGGAAUUCCAAUGAGCAAGGAGGAUGAGCGUAGCGCAGCUCUAGCUCGUCGGGCGCAGAAAGGCGACUAUGACGAUGCCCGGAACCGUGUUUUCCUCACCGACGACGGACUUGCGAAGCUCCGAGCUUCUUACAUUGUUGUUGUGGGUUGUGGUGGUGUUGGAUCGCAUGCCGCUGCCGCACUAGCUCGCUCAGGCGUGGCCAAGAUCCGUCUCAUCGACUUCGACCAAGUCACGCUUUCAUCACUCAACCGCCAUGCGCUGGCCACACUGGCUGACGUGGGAACAUCGAAGGUACACUGUAUUCGGAGGAGAUUGGAGCAAAUCGCUCCAUGGGUCAUGUUCGACUGCCGCAACGAACUUUUCGGCAAAGAGGCAGCCGAUUCUCUCCUUGGACCUUGGACUCUGACACACGAGGGAGAGGGACGACGACCAGACUACGUGCUCGACUGCAUCGACAAUAUCACGUCGAAGGUCGACUUGCUACACUACUGUCACACCCACUCGCUUCCUGUCAUCUCGUCCAUGGGGGCAGGCUGCAAGUCAGACCCAACUCGUGUCGUUGUUGGCGAUAUUUCAGCCAGCACGGAUGACCCUCUCUCGCGCAGCACUCGCCGCAAACUCAAGGCCAAGGGCGUUAGCUCUGGAAUCCCGACAGUAUUCUCGACCGAGAAGCCCGGUCCUGGAAAGGCUAGUCUACUGCCUCUCCCCGAGGAUGAAUUCGCCAAGGGCAAAGUUGGCGAGCUGGGUGUUCUCCCCGAUUUCCGAGUUCGCAUUCUUCCGGUUCUGGGAACCAUGCCUGCGGUAUUUGGCUACACUGUCGCCAACCAUGUCAUCUGCAGUGUAUCAGGAUACCCGAUCGACUACACUGUAGGUGCGAAAGGCCGGGAGAAGCUGUACGAUGGUAUGCUGGCUUCCUUUCAAGGUGCCAUGGAGAAGCUGAACCGACACAUGGCUGGUGAAGACCCCACCGGUCUCCGCCUGCCAGUCAGCAAGGACGAUAUUGCCUACUUGACGGAGGAAGUGUGGCGGGGAAGAAGUGCCAUCAGUGGCUUAUACAAUCGCCUGGUGCUGAUGCCGUGGGAAAUCCCAGCGCGUGGAUUUGCCGUGGACGCAGAUAUGGCGAAAGAAGGACAGAAGUAUAUUCCUAUCGAUCUCAAGGAUCUGGUUUGCAUGACCAAGGAUGAGGCUACCCGUCACGAACGUGAGGUUCUACGUGGGGAUAAAAAGGUCGAGGAGCUCUAUGACGAGACAGUGCUGCAACGCGUGAACCUGCGGCGACAGGAGGCAGAUGAGCUAGAGCAGUAUCGGUGA